AUGAAUCCUCUCAGGCACCCUGCCGCUCACCAGAUACCCGAAAAUGACCUCGAGAAACGAGGCGAAUUCAAAGAUUCUUCAGUCAAUAUCAUCCUCUCCGGCAGCGACUCAGCCGAUAACACCCUCGAAAACUCUCAAAUCUCUUCUCAUCCUGAUAUCGCUCCCACUCCCGUCCUCCUCAGAGGUAGGCUCGCGAGAUGGAACGCCAAAGUCGAAAGCUUUGCUGGCCUAGAGGCCCGCGGCAUCACGAGAGUGCUUCCGGAAGAGAAGCACGAUGGGGCGGCAAUGGGAUAUCUUCAGAUGUUCACUUUGUGGUUCAGCAUCAACGUCGUGGUGAACAACCUCGCUGUUGGUUUUCUCGGCCCACUGGUCUUUAACCUCGGAUGGGUUGAUUGUGUCUGCUUGGUCCUCUUCGCCAAUGCUCUCUCCGCUUGCGGAGCAGCAUAUACGGGUACAUUCGGUCCUCAAAGCGGAAAUCGAACAAUGAUACUCGGUCGAUACUUUAUGGGAUACUGGCCGUCCAAACUCGCCUGCAUUCUCAACGUAAUACUUCAAGUGGGCUGGGGUAUCAUCGCGUCCAUCAUUGCCGGACAAAUGCUUUCAGCUGUUAACGGCGCCGGCCUGACUAUUGCUGUCGGUUGUGCUAUCAGCGCUCUUUGCAUUGGCUUGGUUGCCGCCUUCGGCAUCGCCAUUCUCCACACAUACGAAAGAUACGCCUGGAUACCGCAAGUAUUUGCCCUACUCGUCCUCAUCGGUUCCGCCGGCCACAAUUUCAAUACCUCAUUGCAAUCUAUCGGUCCGCCCGGCACAGUCGCAGCCAAUCGCUGCUCCUUUUUCGCACUUCAGUUCUCUGUCGCCAUUAGCUUCUGCACUAUCGGUGCCGACUUUUACGUCUAUUAUCCCAUUGACACAAGUCGACGCCUCACCUUCUUCAUGACCUGGUCUGGCAUGUGGACUUCUUUAAUCUUUGUAAACCUUAUUGGGGUCGCUAUAGCGACUGGCGUCGCCACAACACCCGGUUGGGCCAACGCCUACGCCACCUCAUCCGGCGCGCUCCUCCUAGCCUGCUACGACGGCCUCGGCGCCUUUGGCGGUUUCUGCACCGUGCUCCUCGCCCUUGGCGGCAUCGCAAAUAACGCACCGGCCACGUACGCCGCAGGCUUGAGCUGCCAGGUCUUGGGUCGUUAUCCCAAAGCCAUCCCGCGUUGGAUCUGGUGUCUCUUCCUCAUGGUUGUCGAACUCGUCUGCGCGGUGGCGGGCCGCGACCAUUUGUUCAACAUAUUCGAAGACUUCUUGCCCCUUAUGAGUUACUGGGUCUGCCCCUGGCUGACGAUAGUGUUCGAAGAGCAUAUAUUGUUUCACACACUGCGAGGGGUGCCUUUUGAUUGGUCGGCUUGGGAAGAUAAAAAGAGGCUUCCUGUAGGAGUUGCAGCGUUGCUUUCUUUCUUUAUUGGCUGGGCCGGCGCGAUUGUCGGUAUGGAUCAAGUGUGGUAUCAAGGCCCUGUCGGGAGUAAGAUUGGCGGUUAUGGGGGCGACAUUGGCGCUUGGCUAGCAAUUGCUUUUACGUGCGUUGCAUACCCCCCGUUGAGGUACUUGGAGUUGAAGAAGUUUGGCCGGUAA